AUGACGCUCGGUCUAACACCUCACAGCGCCAAUUGGGACAAAGUCGGGGAUGCCUUUUAUCGCAAGGAAGAGAUCUAUCGAAUGUCGUGGCCGGUCAUCGACUUGUCUUUCUAUCGGGUCGUCGGUGCUCCCUUCGCCGGUCCUAUAGCCAUGACUUUCGAUACUUCUAAACCCAUCCCAGUCCUAGACCCCAGCUCAUCCAUGCCAUCCUCCACCCGACCCCGCAUCCAUGUCUACUCUUGCUCGGGCCAACUCCUCCAUACCGUCGUCUGGGACCAUCCCUCGAGCCUCGUCUGUUUCGGCUUCACAGAUGCCGAAUCCCUGGUCACCGUCUCAUCGAAUGGAUUCUAUCGUCUCUAUCCAAUCUCGUGCAACUCGUCAGCUCCAGCUGAUCUACUUCCCUACACCCAACACACCUUAGGAUCAAUUACUGAAGAGAUCGGUGUACUAGAUGCAGUCAUCUGGUCGGAUGGCAUGGUCGUCAUGAGGUCCGACCUCACCUUUGUCCAAAUCAAAGGCUGGCCGGAGUCUCCCCUGUCCGAGUUCGGCGACCCUUCGGAGAAUCCGAUCAAGGAUUCCAACCAAGGCGCCUCAAAUCUGAACCUAGCCGACCCAUUCUCAACACAGCUAGGUUCAGACAACCAACUGCACAUCUUUAAUCCAGACCGAAGUAAUGGAAAGAGGGAAUCAAUCGACUCGGGGGGGCUCGCCGAAAAACCAACAGCGUGGGCUGUCAUCCCCCCACAUUCCAGCUCAACAGGGAUCGUUCAGAUUCUAGCCUCGCGUCAAGACUCAAUCGUAGUCAUAGAUCCGAUGGACUCCACCGACCAACGGCUCGCCGCCAAAGGGCCCUUUCUCCGGAUCGUUCCCUCGCCUAAUGGAAAAUUCCUUGCGCUUCUGACGGCCCCCGGGAGCCCAAAGCCGUACACAGUUUGGGUCGUCUCAUCUGAUUUCUCGCGUGAAUUGAGCGAGUUCUCUCUGUUAGAGCAGAGUGGACAGGACUUCAUGAAUGAUGGCCCGCCCACUCAAAUGGUCUGGUGUGGCGGAGAUACAAUCGUGAUUGCCUGGGAAAAAAGCUUGCUUAUGAUCGGCCCAUUCGGUGCAUCACUCAGAUACACAUUCAAUGAUUCGAUUCAUCUGGUAACUGAGAUCGAUGGCAUUCGAAUUCUGUCUCUAAGCACAUGCGAAUCCCUAUCGAAGGUGGCUUCAUGUACUAGUAUGGUCUUUACACCCGGCUCGACCUCACCUGCGGCGAUUUUGUUCGAUGCGAUGGAUCACUUUGACAAGCACUCUGCACGAGUAGCGGAUGAACACAUUCGGAACAUUCGCAAGAAACUGACCGAGGCCGUCGAUGUCUGCGUCCAAGCUGCUGGUCGGGAAUUCGAGCCUCGAUGGCAGCAGCGGCUAAUGAAAGCCGCUGCGUUUGGAAAAGUCUUCCUAGACGUUCAUAACCCCGAGCCGUUUGUCAAAAUGGCCAAGAUACUCAGGGUUCUCAAUGCAGUAAGAGACUAUAAAAUCGGGAUUCCUCUCACGUAUGAACAAUACAUUUCACAUCAUCCCGAUCACCUCAUCUCGCGAUUAACAGCUAGGUCACACUACCUCCUGGCCCUCCGACUCACAGAAUUUCUGAACCUAUCUCCCGCUGGCGUCCUUCGUCAUUGGGCCCGCAAUCUUAUUUUGAACAUGGAUUCCGCUUCCUCGAAUGAUGCCUCCAAAUCAGCAGCCAGUCCAGCCUCGAUUUGUCGAAGGAUUGUCUCCAAGCUCAAAGAUCGACACGGGGUCAGUCCAGCCGACAUCGCCGAAAUCGCCUGGUCACUUGGAAAGACCAAACUCUGUACCGAACUACUUGCUCAUGAGCUGAAACCCACCAAGCAAAUCCCCCUCCUGAUGAGAAUGGACGAAGGAAAAGAAGCCCUCCAACAAUCAAUCAAAAGCUUGGACCCAGACCUCAUCCAAACUGUCCUCUGGGAAACUCGGGCUCGAAAGCCGCUAGCAGAAUUUUUGUCCGUUGUUGAAAGAAAGGAUGAAGCUAUCAGUAUUCUCAGAGUAUGGGCGAAAGCUAGUGUCGAGCGGAACUUUCUCAGCGAGAAAGAACCUGUCUCGUCGAAAUCUAUCAGUGUGGGAUCCGACUGGGAAUUGUAUCGCGAUUUUUGCUACCAAGAUGAUCGGCGGACAGAGAGUGGAUGUCUUUGCCUGGAAGAAAGUUACUUAAGCUACUGCCCGGCUUUGAUUUAUACACCAUCAGCAGUGACGGAUUGGGAAGCUUUCUUUGCUCUAAAGCUCAGCAAGAUCAAGAGUGCUCUGAAGUUUUUCCAGGAAGAUUCAGAGCGGGUAUUCGAGCAGGGGAUGCUAAACGAGAGUUUGCGGUUACUAGCCUUCCAGAAGACGCUGAUCGUUGAUAUCAUGAAGUCGUACGGCACAGGUCCGGCUGCGCCCUCCAAUCCAGCACACGACCAGCUGAAAAAGAAUUUCAUGGAGGCGAUGGUUUUCAAUAAAGGACUGACGAUGCCCAGCUUGACGGAGACGAUCAGACAGUGUGUCAAGCUGGGACUGCGCAAGCAGGCCGACAAGCUCAAGACUGACUUUAAAGUACCCGAGAAACGGUUCUGGUACGUCAAGAUGAAAGCGUUGGUCGAGUUGAAAGACUGGGACGGAUUGGAGGCCUGGUCGGGGAAGAAAAGUCCAAUCGGAUUCGAGCCGUUUGUGAAUCACUUGCUUGCAAUGGGAUGUCAUCGCGAAGCGCUCCGAUACGUGCCCAAAUGCGAGGCCCGGAACCGAGUCGAGCUCUAUGUCAAAUGCGGCGAAUGGGUCACGGCCGGCGAAGAAUGCGCCGAUCGCGGCGAAACUGCUAAGCUUGUCGAGCUUCGUCAACGCUGUCCUAGUCCUCAUGUUGCUGCCGCUUUAUCUAAGAUGAUCGAAGACCUUGCUGCUUGA